GCCGGGCGCUUAUAAUCAACAGAGUCGUAGGCAUGAUGUCUGUGACUGAUAUGUCCCGGGUGCUGGACAUUCUUCGUUUAUUAUAUCGUCAUGUGGAGACUCUAGAGGAUUUUGUAGACAGUAUCGUGUUCAGAGAAGGACAGAAAGAAGCGCUUAUCCAGCAGUCAGACACAAAUCGCUUCAAGUCGUUCGUCCGAGGCGUGUUGGUCUGCUUCGACGACAAACUGCAGCAAGUCCCAAGCUGUAACGAGAUCUGCAGUUUAUCAGAGUUAUUAGCCUUUGUUCUGAACAGUCUGAAGCGGAAGAGAAAAAGAAAUGUCUUGGCACAUGGCUACAGUCUUCACUCCCUCUCUCAGGAAAAACGAGAUGCUGACCUCUUCAAAUUCCAAGGUGACAUCACACAAAGCGCUGCCUACAUCCAUGGCAGUGACCUUUGGAAGAAAGUCGCAGUACGUCUGGGCACAGACAUCACACGUUACCUGUUGGAGAGCUGCUCUGUGUUUGUGUCGGUGCCUCCUUCAUGUGUUUUUCAGGUUUGUGGAGUUCCUGUCUAUGACAGGGUGUCCACAACUGGUGCCAGCUCUGGGUUUUAUCUCCAAGCACGAUCCAGGAUGUGUAAAAGUAGGCCGUUAAGAAGAUGUCAAGGUUUGAUGAACUUGAAAAGGAAAAUUGGGAAUCCUAAAGACACUAAGAAGAGGAUCAGAAGGGAAGUCCGAGUGGGGAAGAGAAAACGCAGUCAGAAUGAAGAGGAGGAAGUCAUCAAUUUGAGAAAAAGGAGGCGUUUGGAGCAGCGUGGUUCCACAGUGGGAGUACAGCUGGAUUGUUCUAAAACAGUGGCAGAAGAGCUUCUUGUCUCAGGGGACGCAACAGUAUCUACAAAGCCUUUGGAAAAUCGUGCUUCUUCUAAACCACAUGUCGAAAAGUUCACACCUAUGAUUCCCUCGGAGGGAGAACCCAGCUGGAGAUCGGGUCUUUUCCCACCACGACCUCCUUCACAGUGUUUUAUCCGCACACUGGGAAUAUUGUAUGGUGGGAAGGGCAUGCAUGGCUUCAUUCUUAACAGGAAGAAGAAAACUACCGAAGGCUUUAAAAGGCUACAAGGACGAGAUUUGUUAAGGAUAAUCUUCUUCGAGGGAUUGACGUAUCUCAAUGGAGUAGAGAGAAAGCCAAAGAAACUCCCAAGGCGGUUUUUUAAGAUGGUUCCUCUGUUUAAUCAGCUGUUGCACCAGCACAGGAGAUGUCCUUACAGCAGAAUACUACAGCAGAUGUGUCCACUGCUGGAGGACAGAGGCGUGGGACAGAGGGACUUACGUUCUCUCUUGCCUCAUCACUGUGCUUCUCACCGGGUCUACUUGUUUGUCAGGCAUUGUCUCGGCUACGUGGUCCCAGAGGAGAUAUGGGGGUCUGACCACAACAGACUUCAUUUCUUUGUCAGAGUCAGGAGCUUCCUGCGCAGUGGCAAGUUUGAAAAGUUCUCUCUGUCAGAGAUCAUGUGGAAUAUGAAGGUAAAUGACUGUGACUGGCUGAAGGUCAGCCUGACAGGACGCGUCCCUCCUAGUGAGCUCUCAUAUCGGACACAGGUCCUGGGUCAGUUCCUGGCUUGGCUCCUGGACGGGUAUGUUGUAGGGCUGGUCCGAGCUUGUUUCUUUGUCACAGAGAGCGUGGGGCAAAAGAACACGCUGAAGUUCUACAGACAAGACGUCUGGGCAAAACUACAAGCGCUGGCAUUCAGCGGUCAUCUCUCCAAGGGCCAGAUGGAGGAACUGACUCCAGCUCAGGUGGCGUCACUCCCAAAAUCCACCAUCGUCUCCCACCUUCGCUUCAUUCCCAAGACUGAUAGCAUGAGGCCUAUCACACGAGUCAUCGGAACUGAGCCAAAAACUAGAGUCUACCAAGGGCGUGUUCGAGAUCUGCUGGAUAUGCUCCGGGCAUGUGUGCGUGCUACCCCAUCCCUGUUGGGCUCCACAGUGUGGGGAAUGACGGAUAUCCACAAAGCUUUGCGAUCUUUGGCUCUGGCCCAGAAGGGAAAGCCGCAGCCUCUUUACUUUGUUAAGGCGGAUGUUAGCGGGGCUUAUGAGAGUUUGCCUCAUGAUAAACUUAUCGAGGUGAUCGAUCAGACUGUCUCCCCUUUCCGGGACAAAGUGUUUACCGUACGUCGCUACGCCAAGAUCUGGGCAGAUGCUCACGAGGGGCUGAAAAAGUCCUUUGUUCAACAGGCAGAGUUUCUGGAAGGCAACAUGGACUCCGUCAGUAUGAAAGGAUUUGCGAUGUCCCUGCAGAGACAGGGCAAAGCUCAUCAUUCCAUAUUGAUAGAGCAGCAUUUCUGCUCAGAUUAUCGUGGCAGAGAGGCGUUGCAUUUCUUCACACAGAUGCUAACUGGCAGUGUUGUACAAUUUGGGAAGAAAACGUACCGUCAGCAUCGAGGGAUUCCUCAGGGAUCAGUAGUAUCCAGUUUGCUCUGCUGUCUUUGCUACGGCCACAUGGAAAAUGUUCUGUUCAAAGGCAUUCCUGGAAACAAAGGGUGUUUGAUGAGAUUGGUGGAUGAUUUUCUUCUGAUCACUCCAGACCAACACCAAGCACAAACCUUUCUCAUGACCUUGGUGGCCGGGGUUCCAGAAUACGGUCUGGUGGUCAAUCCACAGAAGGUGGUGGUCAACUUUGAAGUGUCUGGAAGUGAUGGAGCUUGUCCUGAUGUCCAGAGUCUUCCCCCUCAUUGCCUCUUCCCCUGGUGUGGAUUGCUGCUGGACACACACUCAUUGGACGUCCAUAAAGAUUACUCCAGCUAUGCAGUCGUCUCUCUGCGCUAUAGCCUGACUUUGGGCUAUUUUCGCUGUGCUGGACAACAAAUGAGGAGGAAGCUGAUGAGUCUCCUCAGGCUCAAAUGUCAUCCUUUGUUCCUGGACAUUAAGACCAAUUCUGUUGAGGCAGUCUACAAGAACAUCUACAAGCUGGUCCUGCUUCAUGCACGCAGGUUCCAUGUUUGUGCCCAGAGUUUGCCCUUUGGUCAGACUGUUGCUAAGAAUCCUGUCUACUUCCUGCAGAUGAUUUGGGACAUGGCUGAUUACGCAAAUACUCUCAUCAGGCUCAGCAACAAAGGAAACAGCUCUUUAUCAUACAUCUGCAAUCUCUUAGCUACAAAUAUAUAUGUAACUUUUUUUAAACUUUCUACAUUUUCUCUCCUUCUGUUGUUUGUAGGUCUGGUUCUAGGCAGUCAGGCUCAAACAGGACUUCUGCAGUAUGAAGCAGUAGAGCUGCUUUUCUGUCUCUCCUUUUUGCUGGUGCUGUCAUCUCACCGUGCUCUUUACAAGGAUAUACUCCCACAGCUGCAGAAAAGGAAACGCAGCCUGGAGAAGCGUCUGGGAGACCUGAGGCUGGCCCGGAUCAGGCAGGCCACUAACCCCAGGAUCCCAACUGAUUUCCUCCCCAUCCAGACCUAAAGAACCAGCUUGUGCUGACUGACUUUUUUAGGUUAACAGAGAAAUCCUUAACGACAAGAAGAUUCCUUUAAACCUUAGCGUCUGUCUGUAUAAUGUGCAUAUGCAUACAGUAAGUGUGCAAAAUAUUUAAAAGCUACUAAAUAUUUAUUUAUAAAGAAACAAAUUGUGAUGCGUUUGAGCCACUACAAUACAAUUUUCCUUUAGAUGGUCUCCGAUUUUUUUUUUUGUUUGUUAUGUAUUUAGGUUCAUCAAUAUAUAUUUAAAAAUACAUUAAAAUAGUUUGUUGUACAGCAAUGAGUCAUGCUCAGUGUGUUCAUAAAGUGGCAUUUUUGCAAAGACAUAUGUUACACCUUAUAUUUCAUGUAAUAAAAUGGCAG